UUCUGCAAAUGGCCAAACGGAGAGCUCUGGGUGUUUCUUUGCUGGUCACUUCACCCUGAGCAGCUCGGGGAUGCCAAGGACCCACGGCGGUGUCGCGGGGUCUGUAGUCGCAGCCCAUCCGCAAAGCGCUGGGUGAUGCCUGCGAGCCCCCCACCAAGCCCAGGCCUGAAGGGCCCCGGUGUGGGUCAGAGGGAGGCCAAUGGGGCAGCGGUGCGGCUGAGCCCCACCAAACUCAUCCCGUGGAGGGCUGCGUGAGAGGGGCCAAGCAAUACGAACUCCGAAAGUGCCAUUGCUUUCAUCCGCCCAUCUGCAAAACAACACUUCCCCUUCUGCCGCACGGACCCACAGUGCACUCAGAGCCACCCCCGCGGCGGUGCCGGUGUCACAGCAGCUCCCAUCGCACCGCAGCACUGCCCCGCUCCUGCUGGCCCGGCAGGAUCAAGGAAAUGCCCACCCUGCUGCUCGCUGCCCUCGUCCUCUGCCUCGCUGAGCCUGUCCUGCCCAGCCAAGACACCGAGUACAUCCAGAGCUGCAUGAUUAACCUGACAGAAGGGCUGAAACAGGGCAGAUCCCGGCACAACUGGGACAGGUUAAUGAAGCUGGAGCAGGCGCUGGCCCAGAGCGCACCCAGGAAGGAGGGGUACAGCUUCAAAACCAAUGUGCUGGAGGCCUUUGUGUUCAGCAUCACGGCCGGCAGCUUCCAAGGGCUCAACCUUAGUAGCAGCAUGCCGGUGCAGAGCAAAGGGCGGGCGUCAAUGCUGCUCAAGGACAGCAUCAAUUUCCCGGUGGAGCUGAUGGAGGGCAUGGGGGCACAGAUGGAGCAGAAGCUCAUCUGUAUCUACAUCCGCAGUGCUGGCAUAUUCCUGGAUGAGCACAACAGCUCUGUGCUGAACAACCACAUCCUGGGGGCCUUCCUGCACAACAGGCGGGUGGGCCGGCUGCGGCGCCCCGUGGAGAUCCAAUUCCAGCAUGACAAGGAGCUGGACGCCUCCAAUGCCACCUGUGUCUUCUGGCAGCCCGCAGGCGUGGGCAGCACCGGCAACUGGAGCAGGGAGGGCUGCGAGACCCAGCACCAGAAGGGCACUGUGCGCUGCCUCUGCAACCACCUCACCUACUUUGCCGUGUUGCUGAUCCAGGCACAAAACCUGAGCGAGUCCGAGCUGCAGUCUCUCACCUACAUCAGCACCGUGGGCUGCUCCAUCUCAGCGGCUGCCACCUUCUGCACCCUGCUGCUCUGCUGCAUCUUCAGGUGCCGGCCACGGAACGACACGACCAGGAUCCACAUGAACCUGCUGGCCGCGCUGCUCCUGCUCAAUACCAGCUUCCUGCUGAGCGAGCCGCUGGCCGCUGGCACCGCGGGGGGCUGCCAGGCUGCGGCUGCCCUGCUGCAUGGCAGCCUCCUCUGUGCCCUGGCAUGGAUGGGCGCCGAGGGCUUCCACCUCUACCUCCUCCUCAUCAAGGUCUACAACAUCUACGUGCGGCACUACCUCCUCAAGCUCUGCCUCUGCACCUGGGGUCUGCCCACGCUGGUCGUGGUGGCUGUGCUCAUCUUCAAGAGAGAAAUCUAUGGGCAGCACAUCAUCAGCACUGCUGACGGCUACAAGAACGUGACCAUGUGCUGGCUCACCAGCUCGCCUGCCCAUUACAUGACCCUGUGCUACGCUGGCCUCAUCCUGCUGUUCAACGUGCUGGUGCUGGUGGCCGUGGUGGUGGUGCUGCGGAGGACACGGCAGCAGCAGCAGCAGAGGGCGAGGAGGGACUGGGUGACAGUGCUGGGGCUCACCUGCCUGCUGGGCACCACCUGGGGCACGGCCUUCUGCGCCUUCGGCGUGCUCCUCGUGCCCCAGCUCUACCUCUUCACCAUCCUCAACUCCCUGCAAGGUGUGUUCCUCUGCCUCUGGUACCUCAGCACGCACCGCAGCAAGCACGGCUCCGACAGCAGCGCCUCCAGAUAGCGGGGCUGCGGGAUUGGCCUCGGUAUUUAGCGUUAAUUAAAGUGGCCUUCGGUGGUGGAGGCGGCGAGGAGCCGCCAGAGGGCACUAGGGCAAUGGGCUGCAGUGUGGUCGUUGUUGGGAAAGCGAGCUGAAGGCAAUGGGAAACGCGUUUCAUUUUCCUUCGUUGCGAGAGCAAACGCGGAGCGGAGCUCCCCGGUGCGAACAAGCUUUUUAAUAGAAUCACGGCCGCUAAGGUUGGAAGAGAACCUAUAGGAUCACCGAGUCCAACCGCUGACCCAUCCCCUAACCCUGUCCCUAAAUAGAACCGCAGAAUCAUUAAGGGUGGAAGGGACCCCUGAGUCCAGCCCCACCCCGUUGUCCUUACUGGGGUUCCAGCAGCCCAGCCUGCAGCAAACACACCGUGAUGACAAACUGGGGGCAGGAAUCGUGGCUGGAGAUGGUGACUGAUGGCCCAGUGCCAGCCCAAACCAGCCCCGGUUUGCCUCUCUGCACCCAGGGUUCUGGAGCCGGGCUGUGGGGACGUCACAGGUGUCACACUGCAGGGUCCCCCCGCCCCAUGUGGGGCACAGUGGCACGGCUCCAGCUCUUCCCAUGCCGCUCUGCUGAGUGUUUUUCCCUUUCUGGCUGCUUCGUGGGACCUAUUUCUGGGAACAGAGCGAAGGAAGCCGCUCGCCCUUGUUCUUUGUUCUGUGCACAAAGGAAAUUUGCCGCCGAGUUUCCACGCGUCCCGCUCACAUCGAGGACAAAAGCCAUCCUGCUGCGGCUCCGCGGCGAUGAGCUGGGCAUGGCUCAGCACUUUGUCAUCGCUCGGGCCUUGACAAAGUUUGGUGGGGUGCCAAGAGCUGGAAGGCAGCGAGCGAGCCCCGCGCUGAGCAUCACCCUCCUGGCCCUGCACCCCAGGCGUGAGUCAUGCCCGUGCCGGUGACCGCAUCUGCACCGACACCGGUGCAUUCCUACGCCUGUUCCUGUAUCCGGCGGUGCCUGGAAAACAAUGGCCUCACCAAACCUUCCCUGCAUGGCUGUCCCGGGGCUGCGGGGCCGCGGUGCGGCGUGGCACACUGCAAGGGGCCAGGAGCCCAGAGGGUGCCCAGCCAUCCCCAUGCUGUGCUGCAUGGCGAUGGGAACCAAAGAGCAGCAGGUCUCACCUCCUCAAGGAGAGCCGGCCCUAUUUAUCUUUCCCAUAGCCUUAUCACGUGUAUUUUAUCAGCGCGGAAGCAUUCGGCUCCCAGGUUGGGCUGGAAUCACUGGGCUGGGCAGCGGCUGGGAUGAGGAUGCAGGUUUGCAGCCUGGGGUGCACACAGGGGUCCUGUGGGGCGGGGGGCUCCGACCUGCCCAGAGCUCAGCCCCAUGCAGUGUCUCUGGAGUGGGGUCCUCAGGAUCUCCAGCCCCAGAGGUUCCCGAGACUCAAACUGCCCGGCUCAAGCAGUAAAUCCUUAUCAGGCCCAGGGAGUGCUGCUGGCCAGAGCGCAAGGGCAAAUUUGCCCCGCAGGGACGUGAGGAUUUCCUCCCCCAGUGCUCCACCAGGGUCUUUGAAGGCAGCAGCGAGCCAUGCUGACUUCCAGAUCAUCCGAUAACUUCAACAAGUGCAGACGUCAGCCCAAAAAUAACUCUACCGACCUCCCGAUAACGCCCAAGCGCGGACAGAAAUCUUUUUGUUCCCUGGACGGCAGCAAGGGGACGGUGUCCUUUCCCUACAGGAGCUGUGACCGCAGGGCAAGAGGUCAGCACGGGGGGGCUGCAUCCUGCACCGGGCAGAUGGGAGCAGGGAGCGAGGGAGAUGCGGCUGCAAGGGGAUGGCUGCCCUGAAAGGAGCCGCGCUGGCUGCGGUGUGGCCGCGUGAUGCCGCGUGUGCUGGCCCUGAGGGAGCUGGAACAAAGAGGCCACAGCUCAUGGGUGAUGUGAGCGGGGCACGAGGCGCUGGGCCGGGACCCCCCGAGGCACAGCAAGCACCGUUCCCAUCCCGUUCCCAUCCCUGUGCCCAGCGUGGCCAUGGCACCUUGGGCUCGGUGGCCGCCUUUUGUCCCCGUGCCGCCGCGUCCACCCUUCCCCCAGCAGCAUGAAAAAGAAGAAAAGUCCCAUUCAACCCUUGGGAAUAUCCGUGAGAGGCUGUGUAUUUACGCUUCCUGGCCACCUCCCCGCCAUCUCCUUGGAGCCGGGCUCUCCCUUUUCAGCGCACACAAAGGGCAGCCUGGGCUGGAACCUGGCCACGCUGCGUUGCAGCAGCUCUGCAUGCACCGCGCUGCCACCGGGGCUCGGGGCUCUGCCCUGGACCCCACAUCUCAGGGGGUGCAGGGCAUGGGGAGCACCGUGCUCAGGACCCACUGCCCGCACCCUCAUUUCCUGCACAGAGCAGGACGCGCUUCUUAGGACGCCGUGUCCCGGCCGCUCUCACAUCGGCUGUUAUUCUUUAAU